GUUAUCUAGGUUUUAGUUCAGCUCGAGUAGAGUUAGCAUUAGCAGUAAAGGUAUCGGUUAGGUGACAUGCAAACGACUCAGUCCUGUAUGCAUUAUAAUGUACACUGCAUAUGAUUUAAAAUGGUUGAGUAAGAUAAAGUUAAGUAAUUUCACAAAAACCCAGGCAUCUGAAAAUAUUCAAAGAAAAAGAAUCAGCCAGGUUUUGAAACAGAAAGCAAUGAGUCAUUUUAAGACAAAAGAGUCGACGCUUGUAGAAAAAUGAGUCACUGUGAGCUGGAAGAGGUGACGCAACACAUCAAUGACAAGAUUUCACUUGUCAAGAGGCUCUUAGAGUUGCGAGCAGUAGCAAAAGAUCCAGAUAAACGAGCGUAUCUGGUUAAAAUUGAGCAGGAUGUCAAAGCCAUAAAUGGGCUUCUCGACCGCUUUGAGAGAUACGUCAAUCAGCAGAAGGACCUACUGAAGCAUCUUCAGGACCUUGAUCUGUUCUUCCAGGAAGAUGAGCAGAACGCACAGCACCUAUUAAAGAACAUCCCUUCACACAUGCCUCGAAAAGGAGGGCAGCCAACAGCUCAAGGAGGACCGACAGCAGCUCCCAACAAGCAGGGAGAAGUGAAUUCGGCCCCCCAGGAGCAAGAACAGCCCAGGAAGGCUCCACGGAUCCAGAUUAAAGAGAUGGAGUUCAUCACAGUGCAGGAGUUCGACAGCAUCCCACAGUACAUGAAGGGACGAGUGACAUACGACCAGCUGAACGCCGCUGUGAAAAGCAUCAACCUGGCCGUCACUGGGAAAUAUAAAAUCCUUCAACAGCCAGUCAAGAGCAUGAGUAACGCAUCCCGUAAACUUCAUCAGCGCUUUAAAGACCAGGAUACCAAGGACACUAAAGGUCAGUUCUUUGUGGUGGAGGAGGACCUGCGUGAUCUGGCACAGCUGAAGGUGGAUAAGCGUUUUGUGGGUAUGUUGAACAUGCUAAGACACUGCCAGAGAUUGAAGGAGCUGCGAGGAGGAGGUCUGACACGCUACAUGCUGCUGUGAUCCUCCAGUCAGGACAACAUCCAUGCUUCUGAGCUGAAUCUAUGAGAGGGACGUACAACAGUUUAGGAUCUUUGCAGAAAAAAAAGCUGUUGUUCAAGUUCUCUUAAAGCUCAUCAGAUCAGCUCAAGAUCAAGCUGAGCAUCUCAUGAGCUCAAUCGGAUCUUUUAAAAUGUUUCUCUAACCGCAUUCAAGCACCACCUGUAAUAGCAUUUUUCUGAACAUACUUCACAUCACAGCUGCUGUAAAAGUGCAUACCCCCCCCCCUUUAAUGUAUAAGUAUGUAAAUAUAUGCAUUUAAAUAAAUGUAACUUCUAUUGUU